AUGACUGCAUCAUCCAUAGAUACCGUGGCGCCUGCACCUGCGCUUCACAUUACAGACUCGCUGGAAGAGUUCCAAUCAGAGGAGCAACGACAGGUGCUCGAUACCGUCGCCCAGAUUCGCAAAUGUGGCUUAGAUGCGAUCUUACCUCUUCCACAGAUUGCUGUCUGCGGAAAUCAGUCUGCUGGCAAGAGUUCCGUCCUGGAGGCCCUUACGGAGAUCCCAUUCCCUCGUAACGACAACCUUUGCACUCGUUUCGCCACCGAGAUCACUCUUCGCCGGGGUAUUACUGAGUCCCUGCGCCUUACCAUUAUCCCGGACGGCAAUCGACCAGCCGAUGAGAAAACUUCGAUCUCCUCGUUCUCUGAGACCAUCGUGGACUUUACCGAAUUGCCCGAUAUCAUGUCCAAGGCUGCGGAAGCUAUGGGAAUCACCUCUGUCGCCAACAGCUCCUCCCAAACUUCAUCCAAUCAAGCGUUUGCAAGAGAUGUCCUGAGCUUCGAGAUAGAGGGUCCAACUCGCCCGCAGUUGACUGUUGUCGAUGUGCCCGGCCUUAUCCAAAAUGUGACCAAAGGCGUCACGGAACAGGACAGACAGAUGGUGGCAGAGAUCACCGACUUUUACAUCAGGCAGGAACGGACGAUUUGCCUAGCUGUCAUACAGGCCACGGACGAUUACGCGAACCAACCUAUCCUGACAAAGGUCCGAGAAGUUGAUCCAGAGGGCAGCCGCACCCUCGGUAUUAUUACGAAACCGGACCGAUUGAACCACAACUCGGAGAGCGAGGCGGCGUACCUGGCUCUAGCUCGCAACGAGGAUGUGUUCUUCAAGCUAGGGUGGCAUGUUGUAAAGAAUCGCAAGUUUGAGGAGGCCUCUUUUUCAAUCGAGGAAAGGAAUGCAUCUGAAGCUGCCUUUUUCCGCAAUUCCAACUUCAAUGCCAUCCCGAACGAAUGCCGGGGAAUCGACGCCCUCCGUUCGCGAUUGAGUGGGCUUUUGUUUGAACAUAUCAAACGCGAGCUUCCCAAUCUACGGCGAGAUCUAGACAUCGCCCUUGCGGAAACCACAACACAACUUGACCGGUUGGGCUCUACUCGCGCUACCGCUGGGGAAUGUCGCAAUUAUUUAACAACGCUGAGCUUGAGGUUUCUCGAAACCACCAGAGCGGCUAUCGAUGGCCACUACGAAGGAGACUAUUUCCAAGACUUUACUGAUGAUGGGUUCGACAUUGCGUCACCACAAUCAGUGAAGCGGCUUCGUGCUGCGAUUCAGCAUGUGAAUCGAGACUUUGCGGAGACGAUGCGACGAAAAGGUCCGAAAUACAUUGUAUCCACGGAAGAUCCUCUCGACGACGCGUCCAAAAGUUCGCUCAAAGCAAAUGGUAUGGCAAAGCUCUCUCGUCAGGAAGCUCUCGCUUGGGUUGCGCGAGUUUUGGUCCGAUCUCGUGGGAAAGAACCUAUCGGGAAUUACAACCCGCUCAUUAUUGGUGAGCUGUUUUGGGAACUAUCAUCCAAAUGGGAAGUGCUAGCGACUGACCACGUCGAUACCGUGGCCGAUCUUUGUAGCAGUUUCACCGACACAUUGCUGGAAGAGACGUGUCCCCGCGACAUUCAAGCUCGUCUCGCCGCCUUGAAGAUUACGGAAGGGUUGCAGGAACGCAAAGCGAGGGCAAUGGCAGAGCUGAGUAGUAUUGUUGAGGACAAGCAAGACUUCCCCAUGGUCUAUAAUCACUACUACACCGACAACGUACAAAAGGCUCGGCAGAAGAGGAUGGAGAAAAAUUUCGGGAAAUCGAUUGAGGCGGCAACCUCUCAUCACCAUCUUCCUAAUUGCAAUUCGAAUCAUACAUCUGCUACUGUCGAUAUCGACGUUGCACUGCGGAACUUCCAUGGCAACACUGAGCGUGAUAUGGAGAAACACAGUUGCGAAGAAGCGCUAGACUGCUUGCUCUCCAUGUAUAAGACCCAACAGAAGACUUUUGUGGCCAACGUCACUUCGCAAGUCAUCGGACGGCAUAUGUUGCGCAACUUGGACAAGCUCUUUACUCCCUUGGACGUGAAUGGUUUAUCUGAUGAGGAUGUGAUGAAGGUAGCAGCAGAGCCAGCAUCCACCAGGAGGCAAAGAGACUUCUUGCUCGACAGACAGCAGAAGCUCAUCAGUGGCAGGGACAUCUUUCGAGGAGUCAUGAGUCCGGAGUUGACUCUGUGA